AUGUCGUACAGACUAUUUCAAAUCGACGCAGGAGUUCAGAACUAUGAGUGGGGAAAUAUUGGAUCAAAGUCGGUUGUGGCCCAAUUUGCUCACAAUAGCACUCCUUCAAAAGUUGAAAUUGAUCCAAGUUUACCCUAUGCUGAAUUAUGGAUGGGAACUCACCAGUCAAUGGCGUCUGUAGACCACAAGACUGGAACGUCUCUAAGGGAUCUAGUCGAGAAAAGACCAGAAGAAUUUUUGGGAGCUCAAGUAAUCAACAAGUUCAGAUCUACUAGAGAAAUUCCGUUUCUUUUAAAAGUGCUGUCAAUUGGAAAGGUACUUUCUAUCCAAGCUCAUCCUGAUAAAGAGUUGGCACAAAAGCUGCAUUUUAGAGAUCCCAAGAAUUAUCCUGAUGAUAAUCAUAAACCAGAGAUGGCUUUAGCUGUGACAGAGUUUGAGGGUUUUUGUGGAUUUAAACCUCUGGAGGAACUGGAUUCCCUACUUCAAAAGAUACCUGAGUUUAGGGAAAUUGUAGGAGAGGAACUGGUCCAUUUGUUCCAUGAAAAUAUUUUCACAGGCAAAGUGAAAAUGGAUUCUCAAGAGGAUCAUAAGAAUAGAAAACUUUUACAGCAAGUAUUCUCAAAAGUCAUGAAUUUGCCUGAUAGUAAAGUCUACAUGAACACCAAAUCGCUGGUAAAACGUACAUAUGACGAACCCGAGUUGUUUGGCCACGAACUCUGUAAGCUAAUACAGAAGAUGCAAAGUGAUUUUCCGUAUGACAUCGGUCUUUUUUGUGGGUGUCUCAUGCUGAAUCAUUGCAUUCUUCAGCCCGGAGAGGCCAUGUUUUUGCAAGCCAGGGAUAUACAUGCUUAUAUUCGUGGGGACAUUGUAGAGUGCAUGGCCGCAUCUGACAACGUGGUUAGAGCAGGCUUCACUCCUAAGUUCAAAGACGUUAAUGUUCUAGUUGACAUGCUGACCUAUUCCUAUGAAGAUGUUGAAAUGCAAAAAAUGAGACCAGAGAUAUUUACUCGUUCGCACGGAAACGGAUACGACAAUCUUUAUGAUCCUCCAAUUGAAGAGUUCGCCGUCCUACAGACUAUCUUAAAUGAAAAGAAUGGAAGAAGAGAGGUGGAAGGAUUGCAAGGUCCAUCAAUUUUAAUUGUCACAAAAGGUGAGGGUUCCAUACAGAUUCAAGAUGAGAAUGAUUCCAAACUGAAAUGCAAGCCAGGAUUUAUAUUCUUUAUUCAGCCAGAAGUAAAGAUCCAGUUGAUUAGUUCCUCUGACGACUUUGUAACUUAUAGAGCAUUUUGUGAGGUCAACCAAUAG